AUGGAGUUAUGGGUAGUCUUAUUCUUCACAUACUCGUUACCAUUCUUCUUACAUGUUUUUGGUUUAUACAUGGUUCACAAGAGAAGCAAAAACAUCAGUGCAUGUCAAAAGAUUUACGUGAUCAAUUUGAGCAUUACUGAACUCAUUCUCAGCUUUUGUGGAGCUUUGUAUCCCAUAUUGCGCCAUCAGUACGGACAUUCUGAUGUGUUUUAUCAGAUGAUGAUUUUGCCCUACUUAGCAGCCUCAUGUACAUACUUUCUAAUUAUGAUAAUCCUUACAGCCGAUCGUUUUGGGCAAGUGUACUUAAAUAUUCGGUAUCCGUUGUAUUGGACAACGACUUACGCAAAAUAUGUCAUGUUAGUAGUUUGGAUUAGCUCAUUAAUACUGAUCCUCGUAUUCAUGUCUUAUUUGCUUUUCGUUGCGAAGAACAGAGUGAACAUAAUAGAGGAUAUAUGCUACACCUUCAUAUAUCCCUCGUUAGGUGUAGUAUCGGCUAUAGUUAUCGUUGUUACAUAUGUAUAUAUCAUUAAGAAAAUGAAGAAAGUUAAAACUGUAUAUGCGAAAACGCCAAUGCAAAGUUCUACAACAAUUAACAAUACAAAAGGUGUAUUUGUAGUUCAGGGCGUUGAAAAAGAUACGCCCAGGAAGGAUAACUACGCCCUUCUUCCAAUGUUGCUAGUUUUAAUCUUUGUUUUCUUCAUUGAGAUUCCGGACUUCGUACAGUUUCUCGCACACGUUGGUUUCAUUCGAAGUACAAAGUCACUGAAGGCGGCAUGUAACCUGACAUAUGCGGUUGGAUAUAUACUGGACGCUGUAGUAUAUGUUUUGCUAUCCACUAGCUGUAAAAGCUGGCUGAAAAGAACUGUUGAGAGCUGCUUUGAUUUUUGA